GUCUCGUGGUGCCCAAAAAUUUCGACACAGGGCAAGACGGCAAGUUACGUAGUUAUUGAAUUGAAUGGUUCAAGUUACCUAGUUUCUUUCAAAAAUAUUUCAAAUAAAAGAAAAACAAAUUACAACAAGAAAAUGGAGAGUGGUAGUACAAAUGGUAAUGCAAAAACCCCGGAUGACAACAAACAAAAUGGACCUGGGUCACAAAAGACAAAGAAGAAAAACAACUCCAAAGGAAAAUUACACCCAAGUCGAGUUAAAGCAAGUGCCAUUGAGCAACACGAAAUCAAGAAUUUGCAAAUUCGCUAUACAUCAGUGGAAACAUCAGCUGUACUAAAAUUUAAAGAUAUUCCGCUUUCCAAGAAAACCUUGCAAGGUCUGCAGCAGAACGAGUACACCACGCCAACCGAAGUCCAAAAAGAGAGUAUUGUUCUUGCCCUAAGAGGUCUAGAUGUAUUGGGAGCUGCCAAAACCGGUAGUGGAAAAACCCUUGCCUUUGUGAUACCUGUUCUUGAAAGACUGUACUGCAUGCAAUGGACUCGACUAGAUGGUCUUGGUGCCCUAAUUAUAACCCCAACUCGAGAAUUGGCAUACCAGAUAUUUGAGACUUUCAGGAAGGUUGGAAUCCAGCAUGAUUUUUCUGCUGGUCUCAUCAUUGGAGGCAAAGACCUUAAUUUUGAAAGGAAACGAUUAGACCAAUGUAACAUCAUGAUUUGCACCCCUGGAAGAGUCCUUCAUCACAUGGAUGAAAAUCCUCUCUUUGACUGCUCCAACCUACAGAUAUUGGUUAUUGACGAGGCUGAUCGUUGUUUGGAUCUGGGAUUCCAGCAAACGAUGAACGGUAUCAUUGAAAAUUUACCCCCAAAGAGGCAAACUCUGCUGUUUUCCGCCACACAAACCAAAUCAGUCAAAGAUCUCGCUCGUCUCAGUUUAAAGGACCCCGUUUACGUUUCUGUUCACGAAAACGCUCAAUACUCCACACCCGAGUCUUUGCGUCAAAGCUACAUCAUUACUCCCAUUCAAAACAAAGUCGACAUUUUAUGGUCUUUUCUUAGGAGUCAUAGGAAGAAGAAACUGAUUGUCUUUUUGACUUCUUGCAAACAGGUUCGAUUUAUUCAUCAAGCUUUUACUCGUCUGCGACCUGGUCUUUCUGUAUUGGCUUUGUAUGGUACCAUGCACCAGAUGAAACGCAUGUCAGUCUACGAAGAGUUUUGCGAGAAGCAAACUGCCGUCCUGUUCGCCACAGACAUUGCCGCUCGAGGACUCGAUUUUCCUAAUGUUGAUUGGGUAAUUCAAAUGGAUUGUCCGGACGACCCAAGUAGCUACAUCCACCGAGCCGGUCGUACUGCUCGUUAUCAGAAAGGAGGGGAAUCGUUGCUGAUGCUGCUGCCCUCAGAAGAAGCCAUGGUUGAGCAGUUGGCCCAGAAAAAGAUCCCCAUUCAGAAAAUUGAAGUCAAUCCUUCGAAAUUGGUUUCCAUUCAGCGGAAACUCGAAGCCAUGCUCGCUCGUGAUGUUGAAUUGAAACAAAUGGCCCAACGGGCUUUUGUUACUUAUGCCAAAUCAGUUUUCCUUAUGAAAGACAAGUCGAUUUUUGAUGUCACUAGUAUCGAUUUGAAUGCUUUAGCUCGGUCUUUGGGGCUCGCUCUUGCUCCACGCGUCCGUUUCCUACAAAAACAUCUCAAGGCAACAGAAUCGGCUGCGCCUCCACAAGCUCCUCGAAUGUUGAAACCAAACUAUGACACCCCAGCCGAGAAGCCUAUUGCCGCUCAAUCGACUGAGCAGCAAUGGAGAAGAAACGACCUGGAAGCACCUUACGAUUUCCACGCAGAAGACGAAUUACAGGAUUCCGAUAGCGAUGACGGCAUUUUCAAAAUCAAGCGGCAAAAUCACGCUCUCCCCGGAUUCGAAGAAGCCGAGGAGGAGGAGGUUGAAAUUGGUGUUGAGAAAAAGAAGAAGGAAAAGAUCUUGACCAAGGAGAAAGUUGCCAAACGAAUCCUUGCUAAAAAGCUGAAGGCCAAUAAAAUUGUCAACUUUGACGACGAAGGAAAUAGAAUUUAUGACGCAUCUCGCGAGAAAGUUUCCGAGCUUGGCCGAGCUCUCGAAAUUGAAGCUUCGACAUCGAUUACUGGUGGCAUCAAUUUGGUUGAAGCCAAAAAGGCGAUGGAAGAAGAGGAUAAAUACGACAAAGAAAUCUUCCGUCAGCGUAUCAAAGCCAAACAUCGCGAAGAUCGACUCAAAGCCAAAGCAGAGCGUAGACUCGCCAACCGGGUAGAGAAGGAAGAAGAAGUAGCGAAUGUCGAAGGUGAGGAGGAGGACGAAGAGUCUGAAGGUGACGAGAGUGUCGAUGGUUCAGUCGGAGAAAUUAUAGACGCUUUACCCGAUCCCGAUCGCAUCUACGGCGCCAAGGAAGAUGAUAGCGAAGAAGAAGGUGACGUUUACAGAGGGCCAGCUGUUGCAAAGAAACGCUCGCGAUUGCCGAGCGAGAGUGAAGAAGAUGACGACAGUGAAGAUGAUAGUGAAAGUGACAAUGACGAAGCACCUGUCAAGCCUACCCCGAUUACAAGGAAACGGCGACAACCGAGUGAAAGCGAAGAACUUCCCACACCGACAAAGACGAAACAAAAAUGGAUCAAGAAGAAGCCACCUAAGAAACAGAAACCAGCUAAGAACAGUAAAUUUGACACUGGCCUGGAUUUGGCUAUGGACGAAGAGUUGGCUCUUCACAUUCUUGGCUCUAAAAAUUAAAGGAAGACUGCCUCGUUGUCCAUAUGAAAUACACAGUCAGCUUAAUGGAUUGAGAACUU